UUGAUUGGGGACAAGCAUCCAAACCACCCAUUACGAUGCGAUAUAUUAUCCAAACAAUUUAGUGUAUUCAUGAGGGAACCUAAAUGUGGAGGCUGCAAAAUUACCCGUAAUCAAUUGCGGCGGCGGCGGCGGCGGCGGCGGCGACAGCCAGCGCGCGUCCCUCGGGGAGUCGAGCCGCUCCGUCCCCUCGCCGUAAUAAGGCGGGCAUGAAAUCGCUUUAGAGGCGCUCGGCGGAGGACCUGCUCGCCGGGGCGCGGGGCGGCUGGACACUCGUCGCACCAGGAGCCGGCCGGGGAACGGGCGCCCCGUCGCCUGCCUGGGGGCAGCAGGACCCACUUCUCCCCUUCGAGGGACUUGGCUGCCCCCUCAUUCAUCUGACCAUCCGCUGCGCCAGACCCGACAACGCAGGCUUCUCCCCCCACCCCCACCCCACCCCCAUCCCCCACCCCCACCUCUCUCUCCCUCUCUCUCCCCCUCUCUUUUACUUUUUAAUAAACCCCACCUGGCGCUCGAUGUUUGGGAAACCAGACAAAAUGGACGUUAGAUGCAACCCCGAGCUGGAAGGCGCCCCCCGGCUCUCCAAGAACGGACCGAAAGAGGGCAAGGAAAGCAAAGGCUGCGAAGGGAACCUCCCGGCGGCUUUUCUGAAGGACCAGCAGGGCACUUUCGCCGCCUCCGGCGCAGCCUCCGAAGACUGCGGGAAAAGUAAAGCGGGGUCCGCUGAUCCGGAUUAUUGCCGCAGGAUCCUGGUCCGAGAUGCCAAAGGCUCGAUCCGAGAGAUCAUCCUGCCGAAAGGGCUAGACCUGGACCGGCCCAAGAGGACCCGCACCUCCUUCACCGCCGAGCAGCUCUACCGGCUGGAGAUGGAGUUCCAGAGGUGCCAGUACGUUGUCGGGAGGGAAAGGACCGAGUUGGCCCGGCAGCUCAACCUCUCCGAAACUCAGGUAAAAGUCUGGUUCCAGAACCGGCGCACCAAGCAGAAGAAGGAUCAAGGCAAGGACUCGGACCUGAAGUCGGUGGUGUCCGAGACGGCGGCCACCUGCAGCGUCCUGCGGCUGCUGGAGCAGGGCCGGCUGCUCUCCCCGCCCGGCUUGCCCGGCCUGCUUCCGCCUUGCGCCACCAGCGCCUUGGGCUCGGCUCUGCGCGCUCCCAGUUUGGCCAGCGGCACCAGCGGCUCGGGAUCGGGGCCAGCAGGCGCCUCCCCUCACCCACCGGCUGUCAGCAGCGCCCCCGGCCCGGCCCAUCCUGCCCAGGCCGGGGGGCACAACCUCUUCAGCCUGCCCGUGCCCACCCUGCUGGGCUCCGUGGCCAGCCGGCUCUCCUCCAACCCCCUGGCCAUGGCCGGAUCCCUGGCGGGGAACUUGCACGAACUCUCGGCCCGCUACCUGAGCUCCUCCGCCUUCGAGCCCUACUCCAGGACGCCCAAUAAAGAAGGCGCGGAGAAGAAGGCCUUGGACUGACUCGGAGGAGCCCCCGCCUCGCUGGGCUUGCAUGGACGAUCUCUCUUGGCGACCACGAUCCAUGGAGUCUCCUCCACCUUAGGCGCCCUCCUGCUGCUCCUCCAACCGGCCUCCUCCGCCAGCCCAGCUCCGGUCCCCACCCGGCCAACUCUGCCUCCCGGGAUCCCAGCCCCGUUUGGUCCUCUUGUUUUCUCCCCCGGUCGCACAGACGCCGGAGGCCUCGCACAUCGGAUGGGGAACGACUCGGCAACACCGACGUAACACCCCCCUCCCCCCCCCAGCCAGACUAACAGACGGAAAAGGCCAAACAACCAAAGAGCUGGGGAGAUGAGGGGAGAAGAGCUGGGGAAGGAGACGUCCCGCGCUGCUUUCAGCCUUCCGAGAUGGCCCGUGGGAGAACUGAAGGGGACAGCUCCGCAUCCUUGCGGGACUUGGGCUGGCUGGCGCUGCGGGGAAGGAAGCCUCGCCUUUCAGACGGACGGCCAGGGCCGAAAGGAUCCACGUUACGAACGCCGGCGUUUGGAAGAGGGGGGCUGGGAGGUGUGGUGAAAGAGGGCUAGAGUGGGUAGAGUUCCUUAGAUGCAAAGUAGACUGGUAUUCUGUACGGGACAGACUGGCAUGCAUAUCCAACCGUCGAGGCUGCAGGGGGUCCUCCUGGAAACAGACGGGCCCUUUUAAAGCGGCGUGCGUCUGUUUCAGGCCAGGACAGCAGCAAAGGGGUUGUUCACCGCUCUGAAGAUUAGCGAUUCCUGUCACAGAGUUCCGCACAAAAGCUUUGAAACCGGCCCCAGUGAAUGAGGUGGGCUGAGGCGUGCUGCUUAUUCCGAAGUUUCGCGGCUCUGGGUAGACGUGCGUAGGAUUGCGCUUGCAUACCCGAGUGACGUCCCUACGAAAGGCCACCAUAAGUAAACGCAAAAGCGUUGCAAUUUGGUGGAGUCCAAGCAAACCUCCCCGGGAUCAAAAUUAAAACUCCAGACGAAGUCGGUGGUCUAGCAAAUUGUAUUUAUAUUUGUGGCAGGUGCCCAGCCUGUAUUCUAUCACGCAAAGCACGAGCAUUUUAAUGCAUUUUUUCUUUUGUUUAGUGCUGGAUAUUCGAACAGAUUUUAAUACGGUGCCCGUUGACCAUACUUACACGCACGCAGGACACGGACCACGUCCGCAUCAAAGCAGACCAGGCUUCCUAGUCGUCCCCUCCCGAAUCUACUUUUAGAUUCUCAUAAGAAAACCAGAAGUGCAGAUGCCGCUGGAUAUGGGAAACAAGUUCUCGCGGCUCCGGAACCAACGGGAUCUUUAGGAUGGAUUCUCUAGAAUCGCCUAAAACCAACUUUAACGUCUGGUUCUUUCCCCCUCCAUAUUAACGAUCAUCUUGUAAAACUAAACCCACUGCAAAACGCAACUCCCUCCCAGUCCCCAAAUCUGGUUUUUCUACUUUUAAGCUUUUCUUAUUUUAAAACCUUCCUUAUCAUGUCCUUAUUAUCUAUUUCAGUCCUCUUCGAUGUAUGUAUUAAAAGUCCAGUUUUUUCCCCAUCAAAUGCUAGGGCUGGAAAAUUGUCAGAGAAAAAAAAAAUCCCAACACCGUGAAUUUACAUAGUUGCUUUAAUUUAUACUUACACACACACACAACACAGCGAGAGCGUUUACAGACUGUAUACAUAUGUGUCACCAAACUUUUUAACCAAAAAAAAGAGGCAAAAAAGUGGAAUGGUUGAUGUAGUGGGUAGGAUUAAUUUUAGAACAGAAAGAGCUAGUGAGGAGCGUGUCUGUGCGAGAGAGAGCGCAAAAGAAAAAACCCUCAUAGUAAUUUUAUUGUAAAUUAUUUACGUCUGAAGUUUCUAGGCAACUAGUGAAGAAGAUAAAAGAAUGACUCGAUGACUGAAGGCGAAACUCUUGGUACUAACCCGUGUCCUGAAUGUUUUGGAUAUUUGGCUGUUUUGUAUUUAUGUGGUGAGAGUGAAAUAUAUUAUAUCUAUAUGAA